GCGGACGGGCAGUGUCAAUUUGGGAACGUCGUGAUCAUAACGUAAAAUAAUGGAUUUUGUUGUUUUAGAAUAUGGGUGAAUAUGUGCAAUAAAUUAUUAUACUUUGAUGUGCUAAGUGUUGUGUUUUGAUUGUAUUUGUGUAAAUUGAGUGAAACAAUGGCCUCGGAUAAGAUAAAAGUAGCCGUUCGGGUACGACCCUUUAACAGGCGAGAACUGGAACUCGGCACACAAUGCGUGGUGGACAUGGAACAACAGCAAACGGUGUUGCAGUAUCCACAGGCUCACGACAAAGACAGAAAACAACCAAAGACGUUCGCGUUCGACCACUGCUUCUUCUCGCUGGACUCUUCGCUGCCUAACUUCGCCUCGCAGAAGACCGUCUUCGAGUGUUUGGGACGGGACAUCCUCGACAAUGCCUUCGACGGGUACAAUGCCUGCAUAUUCGCGUACGGACAGACAGGUUCCGGCAAAUCGUACACGAUGAUGGGCGCCCCGGGGGCUGACGAAGGCGGCAUUAUCCCCCGGCUAUGCGACGCCCUGUUCGAGAGAAUUGCUAGGCAACAGUCACCACCAGCGCUCACUUAUAAGGUGGAAGUCUCCUACAUGGAAAUAUACAACGAACGAGUGCACGAUCUCCUCGACCCGGAGACGACUCGCCGAUCUCUACGCGUUCGCGAACAUGCGGUUCUCGGGCCCUACGUCGAUGGACUUUCUCAGCUCGCAGUCACAUCAUUUCAGGACAUCGACAAUCUCAUGACCGAAGGCAACAAAUCCCGAACCGUCGCAGCGACAAACAUGAACAGUGAAUCAUCUCGCUCGCACGCCGUGUUCAGCGUGGUACUGACGCAGACGCUUUGUGAUGCUGCGACUGGGGUUACGGGGGAAAAAGUCGCGCGUUUGUCGCUGGUGGACUUGGCUGGGUCGGAGCGGGCGGUGAAGACGGGAGCGGUUGGGGAUAGGUUGAAGGAAGGAUCUAAUAUUAACAAAUCACUAACAACGCUCGGCCUGGUCAUAUCGAAGCUAGCGGACCAGUCGUCGGGCAAGCCCAAUAAGGACAAGUUCGUGCCGUACAGAGACUCCGUGCUCACUUGGCUUCUGAAGGACAACCUUGGAGGCAACAGCAAAACUGUCAUGGUAGCAACAAUAUCCCCAGCAGCAGACAAUUACGAAGAAACAUUAUCGACGCUUCGCUACGCGGACCGCGCGAAGAGAAUCGUCAACCACGCUGUUGUCAACGAAGAUCCUAACGCUAGGAUCAUCAGAGAGCUCAGGCAGGAGGUGGAGGCUCUUAAGGAGAUGCUUAAGCAUGCCACGGGUUCGCCGGUGGGUGAGGAUGUGCACGAACAGUUGGCGCAGAGCGAACAUUUGAUGAAGGAAAUGUCCAGGACAUGGGAGGAAAAACUUGUUGAAACUGGUCGAGUACAAAGUGAGCGUCAGCACGCCCUUGAGAAGAUGGGUAUCAGCGUGCAAGCGAGUGGCAUUCAAGUUGAAAAAAACAAGUACUAUCUCGUCAACUUGAACGCUGAUCCGUCGCUCAACGAGCUUCUAGUAUAUUAUCUGAAGGAUCGAACAAUGGUCGGCGCCGACAGUUCAGCCGACAUCCAGCUCUCCGGCCUGGGCAUCCAGCCCCACCACUGCCAACUGCUCCUGGAGGGCGGAGGCCUCAACAUGGAGCCCGUGGGCGCCGCGCGCUGCUUCGUCAACGGGACCCCUGUGGUCUCCAGGGUCCGGCUGGGACACGCGGACAGAAUACUGUGGGGGAACCAUCACUUCUUCAGGGUCAACUGUCCUAAGACUACAACGGCGGCCUCCGAACCCCAAACUCCCGCGCAGCCUAUCGACUACAACUUCGCGCGGGACGAGAUCAUGCUAAAUGAGCUGAGCAACGACCCCAUACAGACUGCCAUAUCGCGGCUCGAGAAGCAACAUGAGGAAGAUAAACAAGUGGCAUUAGAGAAACAAAGACAGGAGUACGAGCGACAAUUCCAGCAGCUGAGGAACAUAUUGUCUCCGACCACGCCGUACCCGCCCUACUCGUACGAUCCGCUCAAACUAGGAAAAAUGGCGGCGUGCACCCCGACCACGGCCGCGCGCGUGGAGCGCUGGGCGGCGGAGCGCGACGACACGUUCCGGCGCUCGCUCGGCCGCCUCAAGGCCGACAUCCUGCGCGCCAACGCGCUCGUGCAGGAGGCCAACUUCCUCGCCGAGGAGAUGAGGCGCAACACCAGGUUCAGCGUCACCCUGCAGAUACCGCCGCAGAACUUGAGUCCUAAUAGGAAGCGCGGCGCAUUUGUAUCUGAACCGGCCAUCAUGGUGAAACGCCCCGGCCGCGGCGGGCAGGUGUGGUCCAUGGAGAAGCUGGAUAACAAACUGGUGGACAUGAGGGAAAUGUAUGACGAGUGGCGCCGCCUGCAGAGUGACGGGGAUGAGCCUCCAGCAGAAAAAGCCAUCGACCCAUUCUACGAGUCGCAGGAAAACCACAAUUUGAUUGGCGUCGCGAACGUGUUUCUGGAGGCCCUGUUCCAUGAUGUCACACUCGACUAUCACACGCCCAUCAUCAGCCAGCAGGGAGAAGUCGCGGGCAGACUACAGGUGGAAAUCAGCAGAGUAGCGGGCCAGUUCCCUCAAGACAGGAUUUGCGAGGCAGCAUCAGAUAGCUCGGGAGACAUGAGAGAUGACGAUGACCCUUCUGAUUCUGCCACUCAGCAGGUGACGAUCCGCGUGGCCAUCAAGCAGGCCACGGGGCUGCCGCCGUCGCUGUCGCACUUCGUGUUCUGCCAGUACUCGCUGCUGGGCGAGGCGGUGGUGGUGGCGCCGCACGUGGGCGACUCCCCGGCGCCCGCCGCGCCCGCCUCGCCGCGCGCCGCCGCGCCCAGCGUGCGCUUCGACCACGACCAGGACCACACGCUCACGCUCACCGAGGAGUUCAUUGAGCAUUGUGCAGAGGGCGCCCUGUCCAUCGAGGUGUGGGGCCACCGCUCGGCCGGCUUCAGCCGCGGCCGCGGCAACUGGGAGGUGGAGCAGCAGCAGCUCGCCAAGGCGCGCUCGCUGGCUGACCGCUGGGCGGAGCUGACCAGGAAGAUCGAGCUGUGGGUCGAGAUUCACGAGCUGAAUGAUCAGGGCGAAUACGCUCCAGUUGAGGUUGUAUCACGACCAGACAUGGUAACCGGUGGCGUAUACCAACUCCGUCAAGGGCAACAACGUCGACUGGCAGUCAGAGUUAGACCGGCACAUAACUCGGGCACGUUGCCCAUCAUCUGUCAGCAUAUCGUCAGCGUUGAAGUAGGCUCCGUUAGCGUCAGAUCUCGUCUUCAAAAGCCGUUGGACUCGUAUCAGGAGGAAGACUUGGCCGUGCUCAGAGAGAGGUGGAGCGACGCGCUCGCGAGGAGACGACAACAUUUACACGCGCAGCUACAAAAACUAGUAAACAUGUCGCCGUCAAUGAAGAGCGAACGAGACAUGGAGAGGGAACAGUCUCUGGUUGAGCAGUGGGUGUCACUCACUGAAGAGCGAAAUGCGGUCCUGGUGCCGAGCCCGGGCAGCCCCAUCCCGGGCGCGCCGGCCGCGUGGAGCCCGCCGCCCGGCAUGGAGCAGCACAUCCCCGUGCUGUUCCUCGACCUCAACGCUGACGACCUAACAACCCAUCCGUCCGGCGAAGAAGUGACCGUGGCCGGUCUGCACUCCAUCCUGCCCAAAGAGCACGGGAACAAGUUCUACGAGCUCCAGAUACUGCACCACCACGAUAAGGACGUCUCCGCUAUCGCGUCUUGGGACUCGUCCAUUCACGACUCGCAGUACCUUAAUAGGAUUACUGAAGCCAACGAGCGCGUGUACCUGAUCCUGAAGACCACGGUCCGGCUCUCGCACCCGGCGCCCAUGGACCUCAUCCUGCGCAAGCGGCUCGGACUCAACAUCUACAAACGGCAGAGCCUCACUGACAGGAUACGCAAGAAGAUUGUCAGAGUGGACCAGCUAACGCAAACCGGAGUAACAUACGAGGUGGUCUCCAACAUCCCCAAGGCCUCUGAAGAGUUGGAAGACAGGGAGAGCCUCGCUCAGAUCGCUGCCACGGGCGAAGAAGCUAGCGCCGCUGAUGGGGAAACCUUCAUAGAGAAAUACACCCGCGGCGUGAGUGCAGUGGAAAGCAUCCUGACCCUCGACCGGCUCCGUCAAAGCGUGGCCGUGAAAGAGUUGGAGCAGGCGCGCGGCCAGCCCGUCACCAUGCGCAAGACUGCCUCCGUGCCUAACUUCUCACAGCUGACGCAGGCGCUCGACAACGCGACAAAGGGCGGAGUCAACAUCAUGCGGCUGGACUCGUCGUUCGAGUCGCUGGGCGCGGCGGGCCGCUCGGGCAGCGUGGCGGACCUGGCCGACGAGCCGCGCCGCGCGCGCCACUCCUACGCCGCGCCGGCCCACGGCGACCCCGACCUGCCCGCGCCUGCCAAGCCUUUCGGACUCGCUCGGCCUACGUUCCUAAACUUGAAUUUGAACCUGAACUCACUGCGCCUGCAGACACCAAACAAGUCAUCCCCAGCCAGUGGUAAGUUGGGUCUUCGCAUGACGACCCUGCACGAGGAGCCUGGCAGGAGGAACGAUGACGAUUCCCAUUCGGAGCCCGAGUGCGCUGCUGACGCACUAACGACGCCAAGGGAACAUAGACAGCGUGCAAGGACGUCGCGCGGGUUCCUGCCAACAUCAAAGACAUUGGACUCGCUACACGAGCUCGCUUGUGAACGGAUGCCUACCAAGAACUCGCCGUCCAUAUCUUCAAGUGGUUAUGGUUCCCAAGCAGUAUCCUCAACGAACCUGACCAACGACGACACACUGUCCAUUCGCAGCAUGUCCGUGGACGACACGCCGGACUUCGACAAGUCAGAGUACGCUUUACGGACGAAAACGUCCAUGGCCGGGCUGAGGAACGAGAUUACUGAACUCCGCAACGAUAUUAGCGAGUUGAAGAACGACAUCGUCGAAUCCAAACACGAGCUAGAUACGACAUACGAAAAGAAAACUCCGGUCACACCAGGCGGCCGACGAAUCAAUCCGUUCAUGCGAGAUUGCGAAAACGGGAUGGUGGAUCCAUUGGGCGCGAUCCCGAUUGAGAACUUGAGCGUUGCCAGUCCGCCCGCGGAUCCAAGUGUGAAUGGAGAACAUGAGACGUCAGGAGAAGCUGAUGUGGAAUCAGUGAGCUCAGAGCAAAGUCACGAUACGGAGCGCAGUCGAGAGGCGUCGUCCGUCGGUGAGAGCGACUCCACCUCUGGAGACCAGGUCAAAACACACCUUCCCGCCGGCAAGGUGGUCCGUCGCCGCGCAACGAACUCGUCCCGCAGCGGAGCGCGCGCGUCGCUCCCCGGCGCGGGCGCGCGGCCGCGCUCCGCCGCGGAGCCCGCCCACCUCGCGCACCACCAUGCGCACACUCUUAACAGAUCCAUGCACGACACACCGGCCUCGUCCACAGAAAUUAUUGGGGAUGAUGAAUCAGAAACGCUCCUGCACACAGCGCCCGAGUGGCUGACAGUGGGCGAGAGCGUGUCGCUCCGCCUCAGCAGCAGCACCGGCGUCGUGGCGUACGUGGGGCCCGCGCACUUCGCGCACGGACUGUGGGUCGGCCUCGAGCUGGACGCGCCUACUGGCAAAAACGACGGCUCAGUCGGCGGCACCCGCUACUUCCAGUGCCGACCGCGGCACGGCAUCUUCGUGCGCCCCGACAAGCUGGUCCAAGACCGGCGGGGCCGCUCCGCUCGCCAGUAUAGGGACUCGGAGCUGAAGCGGGCCGGCAGCAAAGGAGAAGGCCUACACAACUUACAUAGAUCAAGGAGUCGCGGCGAAAGCAUAAACGUCGUGGGCACCAAAACUAGAAGCAAAUAAAUUCACCUUCACGUCCGUAACGCCGUACCAUACCUUGUAGAGUACUACCAUAUUUAUAAGUUACUAUACUGCACGGACAACUUUACUUGUGUACUGGCGAAGAAUGUAGCCAAUCACAGCGCUGAAUGAACACGCGUGAAGCGUUCGUAACCGCUAUUGGUUGUUUCGUGACCGGGGUGUUACGUGAUUGGUCAGAUUAGAAAAGAUGGCCGAUGUAACUUAUAUCUGUGGUUUUAUUGUAUGGACCGAAUUAUAAAUAUACGUCCACCACCCUGUUUCGUUCUUUUUUAGCAAAUGGUGCUUUCUAUGUAGUUUUCUGUUGCAUGAUAAAUUAAAAGUUUGAAAUGUUGAUGUUAUCGGAUGUAGGCAUUUAAUUUAUUAUGUGAUAGGGAUAAGCAAUAUUUUAUGCGUUUACGUUGUUCCCUUAUUGAGAAAUUUAAGGAAAUUUGAUCUUCUCGCAUUUAUUAACUAGAUUAAUAAUAUGACGUAGUAGGUCUUCCGAGAUUUCCAUAUAUCGCAAUUUUAUAGUAUUUGAACUAUUUGACAUUAUGAAUUUUCUGUGAACGAAAUAUUUAUUUAUUUUACAUUAUUUUUGACACAAUCGCAAUCCUAAUUGAGUAUGUUGUAAAUAAUUGGACAUUUUAAAUAUGUGAUUUAAUUUAAUUCUUUUUAGAUGUAAAUAUGUGAAUUUUGUGUGUAUUAUUAAUUUAGAACCAAUGAAAUUUUUGUGAUCAGUGAUAAUAUUCGAUGGUUUUGUAUAGAUUUUUUUACUGUAUAGUUUGUGGUAUAGAUGUUAUUGUAAUUUAUUUAUGUAUUAGUUUAUGUUGUAUGGAUGCACAGUUUUAUAUUCUGCACAUGGAAUAUAAUGUCUGUGGUUGCUUAAAAACGCUUUUACUAAAAAUUGUCAAAAUGCAUUGCUCAGUUAAGUGUUUUCGGACACAAAAGCACAUUAAAAUGUGAUAGAAUCUUGCCACACGAAAAUACACUAUAUUGCCUAGCAAUUUGAUGCCUAUUUCGUUUGGCACUCGCUUUAGUUGUCCCUAUGGCAAAUAAACGUCCAAUGUAAACGUUAAAAACUUCGUCCUUUUAAAAGACUUGUACUUAACUGGUUUUGUGACGUAUAUAAACGCCCAUUGUUUUUAGAAGAAAUCGAUCGGAUUUAAUCUUAUAUAAUCGUUUGCAAAAUUAAAUAUGCCACAUUAUUUUUGACUAUAUUUACAGUGGCUCAAACCGUUCGCGUUUCUUGCAUUAAAAAUGGGUGGUAAGAAAAUGUGUAGUCAUAUCGACUUGAAAUAAAUGUCACAAAAUAACUGUCCUGAAAUUGAAUAUCUCCAUCCACGCUCGAACAAUAAUCGAUGGUAGAUUAAACAUGUUUUAAUUACACAUGUAGAAUAAAAGGUUAUGUUGGAUUUUCUUUAAGAGUCAACAACCCUCGCCGCCACCAUACAAUCAAAGUUUUUUUUUUUUUUUUUAUAGGACAUUAUUACACAAAUUGACUAAGUCCCACAGUAAGCUCAAUAAGGCUUGUGUUGAGGGUACUUAGACAACGAUAUAUAUAAUAUAUAAAUACUUAAAUACAUAGAAAACACCCAUGACUCAGGAACAAAUAUCCAUGCUCAUCACACGAAUACAUGCCCUUACCAGGAUUUGAACCCGGGACCAUCAGCUUCGUAGGCAGGGUCACUACCCACUAGGCCAGACCGGUCGUCAACUUAUUCUCUCAUUUCAAAACAAAAUUCUUAAUUAACAUGAAAAUUGACAUAAACAUUUAAGUAACGAAUAUCUAUGACCGCUCUGGCCUAGUGGGUAGUGACCCUGCCUAUGAAGCCGAUGGUCCCAGGUUCAAAUCCUGGUAAGGGCAUUUAUUCGUGUGAUGAGCAUGGAUAUUUGUUCCUGAGUCAUGGUUGUUUUCUAAGUAUUUAAGUAUUUAUACAUAUUAAUAUAUUAUAUAUAUCGUUGUCUAAGUACCCUCAACACAAGCCUUAUUGAGCUUACUGUGGGACUUAGUCAAUUUGUGUAAUAAUGUCCUAUAAUAAUAAUAAUAUUUAUGUUACUAGAAAUUUUAAAACAAAGCAAUUAGAGCGAGUAGAAGUUUUACAAAACUUCUAGUCGCUCUAUUUACUUUCUACAGUGUGUCCCUAUCCAUUGGACAAAGCCGAAAUGUACAUUAUGGUAUAUAGAAAGUAUCAUAAGAACCGGUGUGGCGGUUACGAAGAAAUUAACAAAUUACGAUUUUUUACUUUGGAGCAGCCUGUAUGUGUUAAUAUCUCCUGGGGUAAUAAUACAUCCUUAUAUAAUAGUAUGAAACCUUCUUCGACCUUUUUGAUUAUCUUUUUUAUUUAUGACACUAAUAAGAUUCUGACUUGACAAGUCAUCAUGGCCGAACUUUUUCGAACAAAUUGUGAAAAACACCUUCCAAUGAUUAAUACAGCCUGUUCUGAGUUCUUCAUAUGAAAAUUUAUUUUUUAUCUUUUGUUCGAAUUAAAAAAAAUAUUAACGUUAGAGCAUUCCUAAAACUACGUCAGAUUUCAGGGUUUGUUCAAUGAUGAUACCAGACAUAUAUGUAACAUAAAUGUUUUUACCAAGUUUCGUGUAAGUUGUGACUCUCCAUGGAUCAAGGUACCUUAUGGCGGUUGACCGUAUUAGUAUUGGAUCGUCGUUAAUAAGAUCGUAACCAACCCCCAUAAGGUACCUUUUCAUUGGAAAGCCACAUUUAAGCAUCGCAUUUAAAAUGAGACUACCUUUGAUUGUAUGGGAGCCGCGGCUGUGGGUAUGUGUUUCUUAAGAAACGAUUGUUUCGUAGUUAUUUUGGUCGCUCGGCGCGGCAAUAUCAGAUAUAUAGUACGUAUACAGACGCCGAGUUUAGCUCAUCUAAUGUAUAUUCCAUCCUUUUAGUCAGUAAUAUUCGUAAGUACACUUGAAGUACAUUAGUAACGCCUGGUAAUAGUGUUUGUAAUAAUUUCACUUCUCAUAGCCCGCCACUUGCCUCAUCACAUGUGUAUAUUCACAUAUAGUUGUAAGUAAUUAUAACAAGUAAAAAAAAUAUCGAACGAGCUGUUUCAAAGUUACAAAUCUAACGCCAAUCUUAGUAAUAUUUAUAUGACUGACAUCAUAUUUGUCAUGUAGUUCAGCUUUGAGACUGUUGUACUUAAACAUUCCAUUUACAUGGCAUUUUUUUACAAUUAAUCAAAUUCAAGUAGUGAUAUGUUAGAUUUUCGACCUAGCGACUUAAUUUUGCAUUUAUUGCAUUAUCUUCGAUAUUCAUAGGCAGGGGUCGUACAAAAAGUGCGGAUGACGUCAAACCACUUAUAGGAUGAUUUCAAAUAGUAUUUUUGAUUUUCAUAAACAAUUAUCACUUAUCAUUUAUCAACCUCUUUAUUAAACGAUAUCGCCACUUGAAAUGAGUAAGUACGUUUUUGACUGACACAUUGUCAAUCAGAUGAACAAUAAAUUGACUUCGUUAUUGUUUAGCUAUUGUAUCUUCACGAUUAUAUUUAGCUAAAAUUUAUAUUUACUAAUGUAUAAGAAAACGCUCUAAAAUGUCAUCUUUACUAGAAUAUUGUGGCAAUUUUCCGUUUGUGGAGGUACGUGACAAACACGUAUACUGCUCUUGCUGUAAUCAAGAUAUACCAACGAAGGUAAGCAAUAUUAAAAGACAUUUGGAGACAACCAAACAUGUCGGAAACGUAGAAAAAAAGGGCAAAGUGAAUUUAAUAUGAACCUUACAAAUUUUAUGAUAGCAGCAAACAUACCCUGGGUGCAACUACAAAAUGAAAACUUCCGUAAUUUCAUAAAAAAAUGCAUAAAUGUAUUAUUAAUUCCAUGGAUUUAUUUACGAUUAUUUUGUUACUUCAUUAAUACUACUUUGUUACUACAUGUCACACGGAAGUUUAAAUACAAACUCAAACAUCAUCCUGUGUGCAAGAUUACGUCAUUUUUACGUCAUCCGCACUUUUUGUCCGACCCCUGUUCAUAGGUUUCAACCUAGGACAGCUCAAUGUGUGUAUAAAUCCAAAAAGAAAUAUAAAAGUAUUUUCGAAAUAUAGUAGGAUGUGUCUUUGAACUCUAUGUGUGCUUUCGUCCAGUAGCGGUAGGGCGGGGGGAUGUGCACUAAGGGUCCUAGGUAGGCGAAUAGAGACCUUAAAGCAGCUACACGUAGGUUCAAAUUUAUUUAGACUAAGCUGACCAUGUGCUGUGCUGUAUGUUUUAAACAAUAGUUUAUAGGUAAAUGAAAUUAUUUGUUUUGUAUCAUUGUUUUAUUAACUACAAGUACAUCGUAGUUGUAUUUAUUGCAGUCAAUUCAAUAUGAGCUUAAUAAUUAAAUAUUUUCAUCAUGUUGGAUUUAUUUUUAAUGUAGUUAGCUUAAGUUUAUUUGCCAGAAUAUGAAUUGUGUAAUUGAAUUUUUAAUAACACUUAGAUCACAAAUGAAUAUUUCUAAUUCUUUUAUAGCAGCUACUCGGUAGCUUAGUUGGUUGCGUCUUUAUGUAACUACACAUUUAAGCAUAAUUUAAAGAGAUUUUAAUAUAAUACAAAAAUAGUUUCCUAACUAGUGGAAAUAUUUUUGCCAAGUAGCAAAUUUGAGUCAACCAUCGCUGUCAUUAUCAAUAAAUGUAAUAAUUACGAA